AUGUACUUCUUGGGUGACCAGAUCGUGUAUGAGGUGUGCCACAUCCUCAGCUGGAUGUCGUUUAUUCUUCUUGUUUCACGUGUCUAUUUACAUGGUAUGGAUAAUAUCAUGUACGCCCUCCUCGGUGGGUCUGGUAACCUUGGACAGGCUCUGCCGAGCAAUAUGGGCUUCAUUCUGAUGGAGUACGCAUACCCCAUUUCGACCAGGCCUCCUUGUGACUUUAGCAACGUGCCAAUGCUGCUGCUGCUUGACUACUUUGCCAUUACACUGGUCAGCCCCAUCGUUGCCUUUGUGCCGAUCGCCAACGUCUGCGUGUGUGACAACCUCGACCUGGAUGGUAAUUGUAAGCGAACACCCGCUAAGGAGAACGUAGACGAAGCGGCGAGUGGUUUCCCCCGUGACGAAGCCGCAGUUGGUGGGGAAGGAGGGACUCAACCAGUCACGCGGGGGAUUUACCUCCCACCGUUGAUUUGUUUUGUUUUUGCUUGCGGGCACUCCUCGUUUGCUGUAAUGUUGCCGGUCCGGGCUUCAGCCUCACCCUUUACUUUGUUUACCUCUCUUACCCGCCUAAUUCGGUGCCCAGUGCACUGCGCGGCGUGUAGGGGGAGGGCGGCGGCGAUGUGGCACGGGAAAAGAAAAAGGAGCUCCCAGCGACCCCCGAAGCCUGGAACCAGUGGGCCCAUGUGCAGGCAUUGCGCUCUAUACUGCCUGCCUCCGCGAGCAUCGGUAGCGAAGACACGCACCCCUCGCUUCCUCGCCCCCUUCUCCCUUGCUCUUCUCCCUUCAUGCCCUUCACGAAGUGAGUCGCGCUUUAUGUUUGCGUGGGGCGCCUGCAGUGCUGACGAUUUGUUUCGCUCCGACGUUGUUUGUGUUUUUCUUUUAUUGCUUCCACGCAGCGGCCACAUCGCUCUGUGUUUUGUCCCCUCCGAAACACACACGCACUCUCUCUAUACAUAUAUAUGUUUUGUCUGUUUGUCUUUUUAUUCCUGUGAGUUGUUUUUGUAA